UAUGGCCUGAAAAAGUAACGUUACGCUUACAUUAGCAAAUACAGUACAGUAGCUAGCCAGUUGGCUACAGUAGUACUAGUAUGUACUCUAUGGGUAGCCUACUCAAGCGAAUGGCAUGCUUUAGCUAGCUGCACUGUCUAUUGUAACUCAUAAUUCGUUACGGUCCCUUUCAAAUGGAAUAAUUAUUUAAAAUCGAUACAUCUUUCCUUAAUACAAUAACCCAUGAACCUUGUGCUUGGCGUGUUAUGAGUCUAACUUCUCUAGCAAGCGAAGUAAUUCUUGCUUUAGUGUCAUAUAAAGUACAUAUGAAGCCUGUUUCUUCUCCAAGACCUCAGGGGGCAGGACGACGGUGUGGUUUGUGCCUGAACUGAUUGUAUCAGUCUGAAUUUAUCGUCAACCAAAUUGCCUAUAAUUAAUGCCACAGUAUAAUGGAAUUACUUCCUGUGCUCGAUCCUGAGGAGAAACCACGAGAAGGCCUGUGGUAUGCUUUGAUACCCAGAGGAGGAGGCCCAGGAGUUAGUGUGGGCCAUACUUGCACAUAUGUUCCCUGUGAGGAUGGAGGCAAAGGGAAGGUCCUUAUUGUAGGAGGGGCCAACCCUAAUGGCAGCUUUUCAGAAUCUCAUGUAAUAAAUCUGGAUAGUCACGAGUGGGACAUUCCUGAUUGGGAGGGACUGGAGGCUCGGUAUGAACACUGUAGCUUUGUCCCUGAGAGUUAUCCACAGAGCGUGUGGGUAUUUGCUGGGGCACAACAGAAUGGCAACUUUAACUGUGUCCAGAACCUACAAUUUCCAGAUGGUGGGACGUGGAAGAGUGUGGAGGUAAAAGGGAUGCCCCCUUGUCCCAGAACAUAUCAUACUAACUCAGCCAGUGUGGGAAACCGACUGUUUGUCUUCUCUGGAGGUGACUCUGGGGCCACACCCGUCUCAGACGCCAGGAUUCACGUCUUCGACACAGUUUCCUGCACCUGGUCUCAGCCAGACACACAGGGCAUACCUCCACCUGCUAGACACGGCCAUGUGGUGGUGGCGGUGGGAUCCAAACUUUAUGUCCAUGGAGGCAUGGCAGGGGAGAAGUUACACAGUGACAUGUACUCUUUGGACACCGACUGUAUGAAGUGGGAGAAGGUCCAAGCCAAAGGAGACAUCCCCCCGGGGGUGGCUGCCCACUCAGCUGUGGCCCUGGUCAAGGACAUAUACAUCUUUGGAGGAUUGACCUCAGAAGGGGCCAGCAAUGCAAUGUACAGAUUUCAGUGUGACAAAAAGCGCUGGACCCUGCUGAGAUUCGAAGGGGACCUGCCACCCAACAGAUUGGAUCAUUCCAUGUGUGUUCUACCUUGGAGAGUGAGUCCUGAAGGCAGUGAAGAGGGAAACAAGAACCAGAACUCCUCUGGUCCAGUACUGCUAGCCUUGGUGUUUGGAGGGAUGGACACACAUGGAGUCAUACACAGUGACUGUGUUGUAACUGUCCUAACGUGAACUUGACAGCUACUGCUGUGAAAUGCUGUGUGUAUUGGUCUGAACUGUUAUAAAUGGCCAACCAAUUCAGUAAUUUAAA